CGGUGGCGUACAUUACAGAGGAUGUUACUUCCGUUAAAAGAGGUUGUCAGCGAAAACAAGCGACACCGCCGAGGCCAAGCACCCUCCCUCAUUAUUUCAUUAAUUUAAAUGCAGAUACCGAGGCCCUCUUGCAGCCCCAGCCAUCCGGUCCUCAUGCUGCUGCGACAAGCUAUGGAAGUCCUCGGGACAUGGAACCAACGGCAGAAGCAGCUGCUCGCCGCGCAGCCUUCGCACGGAAUCGGUCCUUGACCAUGACUCGCACAAAGCGGAGAUGGUGGCGCAGCGACGCUCGGGCCCUGAAGGAGAUUCUGAGCAAUUGGGCCAACGUGCUGCUGGUUACCGUCCCGCUGGGCCUUAUUGCUGGUGCUCUGAACUGGACCGCCGAGUACGUGUUCGUUCUGAACUUUCUCGCCCUCAUACCCUUGGCGCUCAUCCUGGGUGAUGUCACAGAGGAUCUGGCGCUGAGAUACGGAUCAGUGAUUGGCGGGCUCAUAAACGCCACUUUUGGCAACAUAGUGGAGGUCAUUCUGUCAAUCGCAGCGCUGCUUAACGGACUGUACGGCGUAGUGGCGGCCUCCCUGCUUGGAAGCAUUUUGUCCAACUUGCUGCUGGUCACGGGUUGCAGCUUCUUCUUCGGAGGGCUGUUCAAUAAAACCCAAAAGUUCAAUGCGACCGGAAGCCAGGCGUCUGGCUCACUCCUCUUCCUGGCCGCUCUGGGGUUCCUGAUCCCCACGGGGGCGGCUUUGCUGUUCGGGUCGGGGGAUGUGGACAGCAACAGUGACCUGGUGCUGGGUAUUAGCCGGGGUACGGCAGUUGUACUGCUGCUGUGCUACGGCUGCUAUCUGGGCUUCCAGCUGUACACACACACGGACCUAUUCGAGGACACUCCCGAGGAGUCCUCUGCCAGUCUAUGGGGGUGGCGGUCGGCUCGUCCAUUCAGGUACCUGACUUCCUCCCUCACGGAGUUCAGCAAAAGUUCCGGUCUGAGUGAAGCCUUUCUGGGCACCAUCGUGCUGCCCAUCGCGGGUAACGCCUGCGAGCACAUGACGGCGGUCAUUGUGGCCACGAAGAACAAAAUGGACUUGUCUAUGGGGGUGGCGGUCGGCUCGUCCAUUCAGGUGGCGCUAUUUGCCGUACCCUUUGCUGUGGUGGUUGGCUGGAUUACAGGCCACCCCUUCACGCUGGACUUCGACCCCUUCUCCGCCAUGGCGCUGAUGCUGUCCGUGGCGCAGUCCAACUUCGUGACCGCCGGUGCCACCUCGCACUGGCUGCUGGGGGUUCAGCUCAUUGCGCUCUACGUGCUGCUGUCACUGGCCUACUACUUCAAGUAGGGGAAGGAGUGACUGUGAGAACUGGGUUCUGGAUUUGGAUCUCUGGAGAUCUCUCACAGCGGCCACAGGUGGAUUUCAGGUCUGGAGCUGGAUUGGAUCCGCAUCUGCAAACUCUUUUACGGCUGUUAGGGCUGUUGCUCAGCAGCAGCAGCAGCAGCAGCAGCAGCAGCUUCAAGGUGCAAACUGCAAUAAGGGCGCCGAGAAAGGACGGAUGAUGCCAAAGAUGGGGCAGCUAUUCGUACGGCUAGUACGACAUAGAGCCCGUCAGGAGCUUUCAAAACGUGCUUACUACUUGCUGCUUCACAGACCAGCUGACUGAUUGACAGGCAGACAGGCAAACGGACAUACAUACAUACAUGCAUAUCUAGUACAUUCCUUGCCUACAGAGGGUAAUACAGACCGACAGAUAUUCAUCUCGGCUUGGCGACCAGGACCCGGACCCGGACUUGGUGUCCCACCGUCGACCUCAGUCGCCCUUCAGUAGUGUUUGUAAGUGUGUGAAAGCGGUUUGGGGUUGCUGUGACGCCGACCUGAUGCGCCUUGAAAAGCGGGCUGCUUUUUGCAAGGAAUUGAUUUGUGUACAUGUAUGUCUGCAUGUGUG